AACAGCUUCUUUGCCUGACGUCCGUGUUGCCGUGAAGAUGGCGGAAGUUCAUUCCUGAUCUGAAGCGCUCCGUGAUUCUCUAAUAAACUAUUUCAGGACUGAUCGGUUCGGUUUCACGUUUCACAUCGGACCCACCGACACAUUCGGGUCUCAGAUCCGCUCAUGUCAUGGCCAGCAGUGUAGUUAAAGCAGGCCCUGCUAAUGGCUUCUCAAUGAAAGCACAACUACAGAUCAUGGUGAUCUCCGGCAAACUGAAGGACAGCAGGAAGAACUGGUUUGGCCCGAGUCCGUAUGUGGAAGUGUGUGUGGAUGGACAGUCCAAAAAAACAGAGAAGUGUAACAACACGCACUCACCCAAAUGGAAGCAGCUGCUCACUGUGAUUGUGACUCCGUUUAGUAAGCUGAUCUUCCGUGUUUGGAGUCACCAGACGCUGAAGUCUGAUGUUCUGUUGGGCGUGGCCACCCUCGACAUCAGUGAGACUCUUAAAUCUAACGACAUGAAAAUCUGUGAGGUGGUGCAGACGCUGCAGUUGUGCGCAGACGGAGAUCCAUCUGAUAGUGUUGGCGAUCUGUCCGUGUGUUUGGACGGUCUGCAGGUUGAUCGAGAGACGUUCCUCACUGCGGAGGCCAACAACCAAAGUACUUUAAAUGGGGAGUCUGAACAUUAUGAAGAUUUGAGCAGGAGUAGCAGAGAUCCGUCGCCCGCAGUGACAGACAGUCAGGAACGAUCGUCGACCCCUAACGGACGUGUGAAUGGAAUGGACUCUCCCUCGGGGGCAACCAGAGGAUCACGACCCCAGAGACCCGCACGACCCUCACGACCUCCCCCGCCAACCCCGCGUAGACCCACCUCUUCACCAGCUUCCUCUACUGGCUCAUUUCCUGAUGGCAGCGAUUCGUCACAUUCUGACACUCCAGUUCGAAACCCUUCUGGGGGUGGAGCUUCAGACUCUUGCCCCGCCCCCACGCAGGAGCAACCCAGUAGGAUGGCCCUUGGCGUAGUCCCCGCCCCCAACAGGAUUCCCAGUAUGGUUAACACUGGACCACUGCCGCCAGGCAGUGGUAGUUUCUCCUUGUGUCACCUCCCAAAUCAACCAACAGCCUUGUCAUCAGAAAAUGCAUGUUGUAUAAGUUGGGAGCAGCGUGUGGAUCAGAACGGUCGUUUGUAUUUUGUUGAUCAUGUGGGGAAGAGAACAACAUGGGAGAGACCUGAGCCGUUACCAGCGGGCUGGGAGCGGCGUGUGGACCCGUUGGGCCGUGUGUAUUUUGUGGAUCACAUCACAAGAACGACCACGUGGCAGCGCCCCACGAUGGAGACGGUGCGGAACUUCGAGCAGUGGCAACACCAGCGCAAUCAACUGCAGGGAGCCAUGCAGCAGUUCAACCAAAGAUAUAUUUUUGGGGACCAGACUGCAGCCCCUCAGAAUAAGGAAUUUGACCCCCUGGGACCUCUGCCACAUGGAUGGGAGAAAAGAACGGACUCUAAUGGCAGAGUUUACUUUGUUCAUCACCCGACCAGAACAACACAGUGGGAGGAUCCACGCACUCAAGGUUUGCUGAAUGAGAAGCCGCUACCUGAGGGAUGGGAGAUGAGGUUUACAGUUGACGGCAUCCCUUACUUCGUAGAUCACAACCGCAGAACCACCACUUACAUCGACCCACGGACUGGAAAAUCUUCACUUGAGAACGGCCCUCAGAUCACAUAUGUACGAGACUUCAAAGCCAAAGUUCAGUACUUCAGAUUCUGGUGUCAGCAAUUAGCGAUGCCGCAGCACAUCAAGAUCACGGUCACCCGCAAAACACUGUUUGAAGAUUCAUUCCAGCAGAUCAUGAGUUUCAGCGCACAAGAUCUCCGGCGGAGACUCUGGAUCAUCUUCCCUGGGGAGGAGGGGCUUGAUUAUGGAGGCGUGGCCAGGCAGUGGUUCUUUCUGUUGUCUCAUGAGGUGUUGAACCCAAUGUACUGCCUGUUUGAGUAUGCGGGAAAAGACAACUACUGCCUCCAGAUAAACCCCGCCUCUUCCAUCAACCCCGACCACCUCAAGUACUUCAAGUUCAUUGGACGCUUCAUUGCCAUGGCUUUGUUUCACGGGAAGUUCAUCGAUACGGGCUUCUCUUUGCCGUUCUACAAGCACAUCUUGAACAAGCCUUUGGCUCUGAAAGACCUGGAGUCCAUUGACCCGGAGUUCUACAACUCUCUCAUCUGGAUCAAGGAUAAUAACAUUGAGGAGUGUGGUCUAGAGAUGUUCUUCUCCGUGGAUAAGGAGAUUUUGGGCGAGGUGUCGACUCACGAGCUGAAGCCAGACGGCGGGAACAUCCAGGUCACAGAGGAGAACAAGGAAGAAUACAUCAGGCUGGUAGCAGAGUGGCGUUUGUCUCGUGGUGUUGAGGAACAAAAUCAAGCGUUCUUUGAGGGUUUUAAUGAGGUCCUUCCGCAGCAGUACCUGCAGUAUUUUGAUGCCAAAGAGCUUGAGGUGAUGCUGUGUGGCAUGCAGGAAAUUGAUUUGAAUGACUGGCAGAGACACACAAUAUACAGACAUUACACAUGUACCAGCAAACAGAUCGUCUGGUUCUGGCAGUUCAUUAAAGAGAUGGACAAUGAAAAGCGCAUGAGACUGUUGCAGUUUGUCACUGGUACCUGCCGUCUGCCUGUCGGAGGGUUUGCAGACCUGAUGGGGAGUAACGGGCCGCAAAAGUUCUGCAUUGAGAAAGUUGGGAAAGAGAACUGGCUACCUCGCAGUCACACAUGUUUUAAUCGUCUAGAUCUGCCGCCAUACAGGAGUUAUGAGCAGCUGAAGGAAAAGCUCAUGUUCGCCAUUGAAGAGACGGAAGGUUUUGGACAGGAGUAAAACAGAUGCACUAACACACACAGCGGAUAUACAGUCCAUCAGGAGAUCAUGAAAGCUAAUUUUCAUGCAAUACAUCGUGUGCUGGUGAGAGAUCAGACCUUGCCUCUAUGAUCCAGCACACAGGUGCAUUAUGGGAAAAUGGGGUUUCUGCGCUCACCUGUCACUUGGUAUUAAUUCUGUAUUACCCCUGGAAGAGAUUAGCAGGAUUUAUGGAUGGCAUUGGAGUGUGUAAGAUAUGUGACUUUGACGUUUCGACAUAUGAUUAAUCCAGCAAACUUUUCUUCUGAAGUGUCCCACAAUUAUCAUACUGAAUCGAGAAAGCUCUGUGAAUGUGUUUUUAUGUUCACAACCUUGUGCCUUUUUCCUCACUGUCAUUCAAACAAAAUAUAUAACAAUGUAGCAUUAUUUUUAGUUACAAAUAUCUGCGAUGCCUCAAUUUGUUGUUGCAGUCUUGAUUAUAGCAGAACUGACAAAUUAUUCACUUUCAAACUUUGACAACAAAAACUGUUAAGAUUAUGUCUGGGUCAUAUUUCAUCAAAAAAAUCACAAUAAAAAAAGAGAAAUUAGGUUUUGAGAGAAUGAAGCCUAUUAUCAAAACCAUUACGAUUUUUUUGGGAUUGUGACAUUAUUUUCAUGACAGUUAGGCACUUUUCCCCUCCAAAAUUCCCAUUUCUAUAGUCUGGGAAAUACAUCUCAUUCUUGUUAUCGUAAUGCAUAAAUCUGAAAUUAUUUUUACCAUAAAAUCAGUGAAACACAUAUUGAGGUCCAUUAAAAUGUUUUGCUUUUUCAUUGUUUUCAUGAAAAUUAGGCACAUCUUCCUUAAAAGUCUCAUUACUGUAAUGUACAAAAAAUACUAAAUAAAUUACCAUUAUGCAAAAUAAAUGUGAAAUUAGUUUGUUUUACCAUAAAUUCAGUGAAACCUAUUGGAAAUUAGUCAUGCAAAAAAAAAAAAAAAAAAAUCUUACAAUGUAAAAAUUCACAUUAUUUUUACUAUAAAUUCAGUUAAACCAAUUUUUAGGACCAUUAAGAUGUUUUGCAUUGUUAAAAAAAAAAUCAUACCAAAUAAGCACAUUUUCCCUAAAAAAAAUGUCCCAUUAUUGUGAUGCAAAAAAUAAAUAAAUAAAUAAACGUCCGUAAUGCAAAAAUUUGAAAUUAUUUUUACUUUAAAAUCAGUCAAACUAAUUUUAAGACCAUUUAAGAUGUUUUGCAUUGUUUCAUUUUUUCAUGAAAAUUAAGCAUAACUUCUCUGCCCCUCCUUACUUUAAUGCAAAAAAUAAAAAAUAAAAAAAUACUCUUAUGUACAAAAUGUGACAUUAUUUUCUACCAAAAUUUCAGUGAAACCUAUUUUAAGGACAAUUGAAAUGUUUUGCGUCGUCAUAUAGUUCUCAGAAUAAUUAAGCACAUUUUCCCCCCAAAAUGCAAUUUUCAUACAUUUAAUAUUUAUUUUAUUAUUUUAUUUGUUUGUUUAUUUGACAGGGACAAUGCAGAAUAACAUUGCUACAUAGUUUCAAGCAGCAGAUGCUCUACAUACAGGCUUCUAGCCAUAGGCUAAUUUGCAGCCCCAGUCCCUGGUUAGGCUUUUUAAAAAUAAAAAAUACAAUUUACUAUAUUAAAAGAAAAUUAAAAAGCAAACAACAAGAGGCUGUGUACAGCCAUCAGUGUUCACAAACCUGCUUCUUUAAACCAUUUGUUUAGGUUUUUUGGGGAAAAUUUCCACUCUGUUUGCAGACUCUACCCACCCUAGCAACUGGGCCAAUUUGGUUGCUUAGGAGACCUGAUUGGAGUCACUCAGCACACCCUGGGAUUUGAACUAGCGAACUCCAGAGGUGGUAGCCAGUGUCUUUACCACUGAGCCACCCAGGCCCCGGGCUUAAGGGCAUCUUUUUAAAUAUUCUGGAGAUCUCUUUGACUGUUCAGAGUGUAGUUUUUAACACUUCUUAGGUUAUUUGAAGAUAUACUAGUCUAAACCACUGGAGCGGCACUAUAGAGCCCAAAGGAAAAACCCUCUCAUGAUUUACCACAGUACCGUAGUUCAGUGCAACGCAUUAUGAGUGAUUAUAACUGCAAAAAAUCUGUAUUUGUUGUCUUGUCUUUUAGUAAAAAUAUCAAAACAUCCUUAUAGCAAGAUACAUUUACUUGAGAAUAAAAUUGCAGAUGUCCAAGCAUAAAUCUAAAAUUGCAUUGAAAUUAUGCAUAAAACAAGAAAAUGUAAUUUGCCAGUUAAAGGUGCUGUAAGCAAUUUUAGCCAUUCUGUUUCCACAAGAUGAGCCACUGGAUUAGCCACACCCCCUCUUUCCAAAACCAAAUGAGCUUUGAGACUGAUAUUGAGCAGAAAUGGUUGUUAAAAACAACAGCAGGAAAAUAGCGCCCUCAACUGUUAACUGUUAUGAACAACAUGGCAUAAAAUUGAAUUAAGACGAAAUUGUAUUUUUUAUUUUUUUUUGCUGGAAAACAAAAAUGCUGUUUUUUGCAGUGAAAGCUCACAUGGAUGAUCGGAGAACAAUCUAUAUCUUUUUGAAUUUCAUAAUAGAAAUCAACGUUGAAUAUUGGAAACAGUUACUUGAUCCAUGACAAGAAUUUAACCGAUGAAAUCCCUGGGACGAUUGUUAUAAAAAGUGAAAUGACUUGUAUUUUUAUUAUUUCUUAUCUUCCAACUGAUCCGUGUAAAUCAAACCACUUUCACUCUGUAUAUGAACUGAAACUGUACAUGGUGUGUAUACUCAUUCUCAUCUCUGUUUAAAAAAAUAAAAUGAUUUUAGUAUUAAAGUAGAAGCGACUGCUUUGAAAAACACUUCAGAGGUUUAUUUACCAGUUGAUUUGUAUGGAUUGUAAAAUGUGAAAAACAAUGCUGAAUAAAUAAUUCAAUGGAAAAUGA